AAGACCGGGCUGUUGCGUGGGAAGGUGAUUCUGUGAGGACCCCUCCCUCCCGACACUGCACGGCGGGGUCUGGGGGAAGGGGGGAUCGAGCCCUCCACCCCCACAUGGGAUGGGGUGAAGACCAGGCUUACAAGAUUUAAGAACUUACUUUGUUGUAUCUAUAUUCUGGCCUUUCUCCAAGGAGGUCAAGAUGGCAUGCGUGAUUGUCUUUGUAAUUCCUUUUGGUACAGCCUGAUAACGAAGUAAUGUUGGUUGGCUCAGAACUGCCUCGGGUAGGAAUUAAGAACGGCGGAGUGGGAGUUUAAGCCAAGCCCUCACCCAGCGUGGUCUAACUGUAUGCUGCUCUCAAAGAGGUCAUGCCUCCAGAACAGCCUUCCCCGAUCUGGUCCCCUCUAGGUGCGUUGCAUUACAAAUCCCAUCACUUUCUAGCCAGCAAUAGCACUCUGGCCACAAGGUUGGGGGAGGGUCCUCUAGAACCAGGAGGGGGGAGUCGAUCUCCAGAUACGUAGGAGUCCAAGUCCCAGAUGUCCCUGCCAGCAUGGGCAGUGGUCGGGAAUGCUGGGAGCUGAAAUCCAAAAUAUGUGGAGAUCAGUUUUCUGUCUACUCCUGCUCUAGAAGGUGAUGCUACCUCUGACAGUUCUUGGAACAUACACCCAAGACAGGAAGGAGACUGCUUCUGAAAAUUAAUUAUUGUCAGGAAGUUACUGAGGCCACUUAAAUAUAAGUAAUUUAAAUGCAAUCCUGUGAAUGUUGAGAAAGAUAGAAGUCAUGCAGCGUUCAAUUCUAGAAAUGGUUCGACAUUUGUCUUUUGGAAAAAAAAUGUAAAGGAUUUGUGCCUUUAGUUGUUUUGAUUACAUUGUUGAUUAAUAAAGAAGUUUUUUUAAAUUAAAAUGCAUCCAAUACCGCGUCUGUAUUUGAGCUUUAUUUAUGGAUUUUAAUGAAGCUCUUACAGAUUGGGGCAACCACACUAUCACUAUAUGGUGGUGGUUAGUUUCGUUAACGUACCUUCCCGGUGUAGUUUUGGUAGUAUUCUGCACUGCUUUCCAUAAUUUAGUGGUGCUGAGUCUCCAUGGAAGGGAUUUUCUCGGUAUGCUUGUGCCAUUUGUAUGUGGGAAUUCCCAUAGGUUCUCAGACUUAAGCUGUGUGAAUCUGAAAAUUCAAACUGAUGAGUGCGUAUUUAAUAUUUGGGGAUUUUAGGGAUUAUUACAUAAAGCAUUUGGGUUCUGAGGCAGAAUUAAGCCUCUAAAAUUUAAUAAUCUAAUAUUCCUUGGUCUGAUAGUGCCAGUGCUGAUAGUGAAUUUUGGAUGACAGCAUCUUCCUCAAAUUCUCAGAGCUUGCAUUUUGGAGGAUUUCUUAUUUAUGUUUUAAAAUAUAAGCAGUAGAGAAGAGUGGCUUGGUAGCGUAAGCUAGGAAUGGAGUCCUGCUGCUGUACUAGCAACUAACACAUUAGCUGUUCAUUGAUUCUGUCUGUCUCUCUCUCUCUCUGUCCCCUUUUCCAGUUGCAUUUUAAUGAGGUGCCUUUUCACAUUCUUGAUAUCCCUGCUAAGAUUGCAAUCUUAAGUAAGUCUAUUUGUUUUUAAAAGUGACCUAACCAGAUGCUUGGUGUUUCUUCUGUCCCACUUGAUACAUCUCUCCUAGCCCAAAGUUCUUAUCAUUUCUUACUGCCUGGAAGACCUUUAUAUAGUGAGAAAUUCUGAGGCAUGCUACCCUAGAACAAAAGGGGGCACCAGACAGAUAAAUGGGUGAUUUGCCGUAGAUUGCCACAGGUUUCUGUUUUUCAGGGUGCUUCCAGAUGGAGGAAUCCUAUCACCGCACAUUAGAAUACAUUCUGUUGCUGUUCCAUCUUUUUUGCUUUGACAGAUUUUCUGCAGUAAACAAAAUGUGUUUAGAAGGAAGACGUAGUGGGUAAAGCAAAAGAGGGUUAUGAGUAGAAGAUACCAUCUGAAUAUCCCAUCAAAGUCUGUAAAUGAGGUAGGUUGAAAGCGCCCACCUUUUGUAACCUCCAGUUGGUUGACAGUAGCAAUAAAUGGAAGUUUCCACCACAACACAGGCCACUGAAACAAAGGCUGCUUUUGGGGAAAGACCAGGAGUAGAUUUGUGGGUGAGAAAACUAGGACUGAGAAUGAACUUCUGGGCUGAGCUUGUGCCAAAAGGGGUUUGGUUCAUUCCUUCUAUCAUAUGCCUGGCCAAUAAGCCUCUAUUUUUCAUUAGGAUUUUGGCCAAAACAGAGUAGUUCUUGUAUGCUUGAAAUCAGCCCAUCCCUUGCAUUGAGCAAGCACUUGUGGCGUGGGGCACAAAGGGCAAAUUAAUGCUUGCGCUCUGCCAGUGCCUGCGAUUUAGGAUAAAGCUGCAUUAAAUUGUUUUCCCAUAAUUAUUUUCAACUUGGAGGAGCAUUGCGGAGAUGGCUCAGAUUAGUAGCUCAUUGUUCCGUACACUAUGCCUCACCAUCCAGGCUCUGAGCAGGUUACACAAUGGAGUCUAAAUCCAGCCUGUCAGCACCCUGAAAGGUUCGCCUCUAUAUGUCAAGUCCAUGAACCGGUUUCAGCACUUGUACCAUGUCUGGGCUGCAUUCUUGUCACUGCCAUGACUAGUCUUCUCUCAGGGACUUACCCCGUUUGUAAGAAGUUUGCUGCACUGCCGGGGCGGCCAGAGGCACCCAUUCCUAGCCUGCGAGGCUGGGAUCUGCUGAACUGGGUGCUUCCCUCGGAGAGAAAUGGCCCCUCUGCCUGUCCCCCCACACCCCCAUGUCCGAGCUCUGUUUUAGUCUCCUCGGGGGUGCUGAGGCGGUCGGCAGCCACAAAGAGAGGUUUGGGUGAUGCGUGCCUGGCACGGCCAAUACAUACCCCUGUGGCAACUCUAACCACUUGUAUUGCCUGCCACUGGUAACUGAAGCGGGCAUUCGCCCGGGCAAACCCACUGCUUGUCUCUGGCCUCCAUGUGGCGUCUUUUGCUAGAAGCAGAAGCAUCGCUAGACUCCCUCGCCCGGGGCCACCCAUGGGAACGCCGGGAGAAGGUGUGAGUCUAUCUUCAACAAUCCUAGCCUAGCUGGAUGUGGUGUGAGAGGAUGGCUUGGUCUUUGUCACUGGUUCCAGAUAGGCCAUCGGUCAAACGUUUCUCGCCCUAGUACCCCUUCUCUUCCCUUUCGACAGCAGAGGUCAAUGGGCAAAGCUUUUACAUUUGUGGAUGGGCGGGCGGUGGAAGGGAAUUGUUGACCAGGCGCCUCACUCACUUGCUGAUGAUUCUCCCUGUUGUGUGGCUUGUCCCCUGCCCUCUUUCCCAAUUCCCUGCUCUUCCCCAUCCCAGGCAUUCCUGGAUCUCUUCAUGUUCCCUUUGCUGUCCCUGCUCCCUGCCCUAAUCCUGCCUCCUGGGCCCAGCUGAGCUUGUUGUGUUUCCUACUUUCUCCAGUUCCAAUGUUGUUUUUUCCAGCUGCCAAAGAAAUGACUCAGCCGCAUCAGUACCAAACUCCACGAGUGGCUGGAGCUGGGGGGGCGGGCAGCCCUGGGUAUAUUGGUGAGAUUGUCAGGAACAAGGGUAAACAUGGGAGUUGGUGUCGUUCUGGCAGCCCAUGCUUUUCUCAGAAAAAUGGCUUUGAGUCCUAAACUGGCCAGAGGUUAUGCCUUCUGGCCUGGAAUUCCACGUGGCUGUAGGUUGUCUCGUGCAGCUGCUGUAGCGUAAGAGCAGGGCCCAAGUAACGGCUUCGAUGCCUUCCUGUGAGGGAAAUUAGAGGUCCUGGAGGGACGUAUUCAUCCUUCUGAAUCGAUAUAGGAACUCUGUCUUUUCUCUCUCACACACACACAAUCAUAACGUUGGCUAUGUACUAGUUACUAGUGACAAAGAAGGUUUAUUGUUUUAUUAAUUUAAAGCAGACCAUUUAUUCCUCAUACCUCCAAAAUAGCACUAAAUUUAGCAGUUGACCCCCUGUUGCUUUUUGCACUGCCUUGCCUAUUCCUUUCCAGCAAAGGUGGCAAUCUGUGGUCCUCUUGACUGGUAGGAAUCCAUAUCCUGUUCUUUCUGACCUUUGGCCAAGUUGGCUGGAGCUGAUGGAGUCCAAAAGCAUCCAGAGCCCUCCAGGCUGCCUUGCCCUAUUCACCAAGGUCUAGCACCGUGUCAUCCAGCAGCAGUGGGCAGUGCACCGCGCUCAUUGGCCAGUUGUGACAUCACAAGUCCAGUCAGCCCCAGGAGGUUUCAUUUUUAAAAAGAGAAAACCAAGCAACGGUAAAGGUUGGCACAAAAAGCAGUGCAGCGCUUAAAAUAAAAAUGUGCAAGUGCAUCGUGGAAGAUGCUGAAUGGCCGGGCAGGCCUGAGAAGGGACAUGCCAGCGCAGACGAUGAGUCCCUCAGUCCAGUAUUCUGCUCACACAGUGGCCAACUGGACCCAUGAGUCAGACAUAAACGCAACAGUCCCCUCCUCGCAUCCCACUCCCCAGCAUCUUGCCUUGUCCUGCAUAGGCACCGCUAGCCUUCCCUUCGGGGAAUUAAUCCAACUCCCUUUUAAAGCCCCCCGCACGGCCGUCACGAUGCCUUGAAGAAGUGACGUGGUGCAGAAGGCUGUGAAGGAGUCUUGUUCCGUGGAAGCAGCAGAAACAACAAGCACCGUGUGAAGACAGGCUUGUUUGUUCUCCGAGAUCCGUAUUUGAAUUCCAAAUAAAAUUCCAAACAAAAUUUGGAUGCCAAAGGGCAGUGGGCGUGCAUGCUGAAGACAACUGAUUUUUGCCAGCCUCUGGGCGGUGGAAGGACGAGGCCUGACAAAGGACAGGAAUGAGAUUAGACUAAGAAUGCCACAUCCGGCUGGUGGGGAGGGGAGGGGAGCCCUGCUUUCUUCUGAACGACACCAGAACGACACCUUCAAAUAGGGUGGCUUGGAUUCAGACUUAGUCUUGCCUAGAUACACUAUAACUUCAGGAGAAGUCUUUCAUUCCUCGGUUGUCGUGAGCCUGCCCUUUCUCUCCCCCCUCCACCUCCCUAUUCUCUUGUUAAUAUAUAUUUAAAACAUGGAAGUGCUGCUGGCGUGAGUCACCUUGGAUCGGUGCCUGACCCACGGGGGCCUGCAGGUGGGAGUCCAGCGGCUAUAAAGCUCUCGGCCUCGUUCACCACACCUGCCAGAUCGGGGAUAGCGGUACAGUCAUCUGCACGGAGCAGGCCGUGCCAUCCCCUGUGCUGUCCCCAGGGCUCUCUGUGCGCGGGCGAAUGCCACAAAGCCAGCCACAAGUGCUUGUUUACUUCCAAGGAGCCUCUGGGGUCCAACUGUGCACUGGGUGAACUGGACGUCUCCUGGGGAGGCUGGAUCUAAGUGGCCUCGCUCCAGCUGAACUCCUCUGGAAAACACGGUCACGAGUGCCCGCUAAACAGCCACGGCGCAUAGCCCUGUGGGAAGACGCGUCUGCUGGGGAACCAUGCACAGCCAUUCUUGCAGGGCCAUUAAAAUUAAGGCUAGUGGCCUGCAUCUCGAUUUAGUCACACCUUGACUAGGUAACCUACUGCAAUCAAGAGCACUGGAGUUAGUCGUGCGGAUUCCAGCUACAGGAUCUGUAUUCCUGGAUCUAGGAAUCUGACUGGCAACGCUCAUCCUGCAGAUUGUGUCAUGUGGGGAAUCUGAAAACGAGGAGAGUUGUUGGCAUGUCAGCUUCCUUUUAAAAGGGAACAAAGGGAAUAUGUUUCUAGCCCCUUUCAGGGGGUGAAACUACUCUCUCUAGACCGCUUCGGUUGUGGGAGUCUGUGGAGUGGUAAGGACUCAGAUCUCCAUUCACCAUGACACUGGAUUUGCCCCCAUACUUCCCACGCCCUGCUCCGUGACCAGCAGACCCUCCAGCUUCCCUGACCCAACUUCCCUUUUGCCACUCUUCCCGUGUUGGCCCCGUGUGUUAGCAAAAGGAGUGCACAAGCCUCUGAGCUGCCUGCCUUCCUUCUCUCCUGCCCCACGCCACACUCGCACUUGCAGUGGCACCGAGACUUGCAGUGGCAUUCAGGCAUGAUAUGAUUUAGGAGAUAGGUGUGGGCGGAAUCUUGCACCUGUGCCCCAGAAUCCCAGAGUAACGCUCGGCUCGGAAGUGAGGCAUCGCUGCUCGCUGGCGCCUCGUCUUGCCCCCGAACGGCCUCCCCUCCCUCCUGUGGGCUGUCCUUUCCUCCUCCAAGGUGGAGCCAGUGCAUCAGCCUCCACAGUGGUCUUUUAAGCUGGCCAGGCAGGCACCCAGCAGUCCUAACGCAGCUCUGCACGGCAUCGGGAGCUGCAGCCCCAGCAGAUGCCAUCUGUUAGCCGUCCUGGCCAGCCGAGACGCUCCUCCUGUGCCGGAGGGGGCAGGUCGGGGAGCGACAGUCCCCCGUUCACCUUGGACAAGCCUCUCUUUGCCCAGCUUUCUCCGUGAGACGAGGAUGCUCACGUCGGCCGCCUGUUGAAUGCGUCGCAUAAAUGGCUUCCAAUCUCCACGGAGAAGAGAGGGAAGCGGAGGCAGGAGCGUCGGGCAGCAUGGAAUGCGUCGCCGAGGCGGUUGCAGAGCAGUGCCCCAUGGCCAGCAGCAGCCUGGAUUCCCGGCCGCUGUUCCAGACGCUGUACAACCUGGUGGACAGCAACGUAGCCUUCUUCCAGGACGGCAGCAGCGACACGGGCCGGCGCUUCCUGGCAUCCUUCCUGGCCAUCCGGGAACACGCCCAGCACCUGGAGCCGGUGCUCAGCCACUUCGCCACCAUCUUCCACAUCUUUGACCUGGACGAGCGCACGCCGGCCAACGGCUACCGCAGCCUGGCCCACAUCGUGCACUGCUGCCUGGCCCACAUCAUCCACAAGAGCCACUACGUGGCCACCAACCGCCACAGCAUCUUCUUCCGCGCCAGCCACAACUGCGCGGAGCUGGAGGCCUACUGCAGCGCCCUGACCCAGCUGCGGGCCUUGGUCUACCUGGCCCAGAGCCUCCUGACCCACAACCAGCCGGGCUACCUCUUCAGCCAAGAGGGCGAGCCGCUCUCGGAGCUGCUGCUGCAGGAGUACGUCACCAUGCACAAGGGCUGCUUCUACGGCCGGUGCAUGGGCUUCCAGUUUGCGCCCUCGAUCCGGCCCUUCCUGCAGACCAUUGCUAUCAGCCUCGUCUCCUUCGGGGAGAACUACAAGCGCCACGUUUCCGGUAUCGGUGUGAUGGCGGGCUCCAUCUGUACCAGCGGGAAGUUUGUGAUUGACCCCGAGCUGCGGGGCUUGGCGUUUGAACGCACCACUCAAAACCUGGAUGUGCACUUCUGGAAAAGCUUCUGGAACCUCACGGAGAUGGAGCUGCUGGUCUCACUGGCCAGCAUGGGCUCCUCGCAGGUCCGAUUGUCCCGGCCCUUGCUGGUGCCACCGCAUUCCUUUGAACUGCCUCUGGCUGCUGAUCCCAAGCUGACGGUGACCAUCACUCCCCCGGUGGCGCACUCCGGGCCGGGACCUGUCCAGAUGAGGCUCAUCUCCCACGAGCUACGGGAGGGACAGGACAGCGAGGAGCUGAACAACCUGCUGCGCCCAGAAGUGACCCUCGCCUUGGAACUGCGCUGGAAGACCAAGCUGCUGCCUCGCUCGCCUUACCUGGUGGUGCAUUUUCACGGCGGCGGCUUUGUGGCGCAGACCUCCAAAUCGCACGAGCCGUACCUGAAAAUCUGGGCUCAGGAACUGGGCGCCCCCAUCCUCUCCAUUGACUAUUCCUUGUCCCCGGAGGCACCUUUCCCUCGAGCCUUGGAGGAGUGUUUCUACGCCUACUGCUGGGCCCUCAGGAACUGCCACCUGCUGGGUUCCACAGCAGAGAGGGUCUGUCUCGCGGGAGACAGUGCCGGCGGGAACCUGUGCAUCACUGUCUCCAUGCGAGCGGCAGCCGUUGGGAUCCGGAUGCCGGAUGGGAUCAUGGCCGCCUAUCCAGUCACACUCCUGCAGGCGGUGGCCUCGCCGUCCCGCCUCCUCACUUUGUUUGACCCGCUCCUGCCUCUCAGCGUCUUGUGCAAGUGCCUCAAUGCUUAUGCAGGGAUAGAGGAAGAGCCGGAAGACUCCGCCCUGGUGAAGCUGAGCCCCAUGAACGUGCGCAGAGACACGGCCCUGAUCUUCCGAGACCUGCGCCUGAGCGCCUCCGCCCUGUUUGGCUCCCGGCUGGAGAACACCAGCAAGAUCAACGGGGCUGGGGGAGCAUCUGGCACAGUGAGGAAGAGCGUCUCGGAGGGGGGCCUCAAGUCCAAGCCCCUUUCGUGUUCCAAAGACUCCUGCAAGAGCCAGACGUGCCAGAACCUCUCUUGUACCUCUGAGACUCCGCUGGGCCCCGGCCCCGGCCCCAGCCCCAGCCCCGGCUUAGAGCCCCAGCCCGGCUUCUCUUCGAGCAACAGGGAACACGAGGCCACAUCCUCGACCCCCAACAACCACAUGACGUUCCCCGACGGCUUUCGGCCGCUGCACUCCGACCAGCCAGCCAUCCACCUGCUCCCCAAGCUGUCUCCCAUCCUCAAGAACCCGUUUGUGUCGCCUCUCCUGGCCCCGGACGAGAUGCUGAAGGGACUACCGCCGAUCCACAUAGUGGCUUGCGCCCUCGACCCCAUGUUGGACGAAUCGGUGAUGUUCGCCCGGCGGCUGCGAACUCUGGGGCAACCGGUGACCCUACGGGUGGUGCAGGACCUGCCACACGGCUUCCUCAGCUUGUCGCAUUUGAGCCGGGAGACGCGCGAAGCUCUGGCUGUCUGCACAGAGAGCAUCCGAGACGUUCUGACCUCUGAAGCUCCGGCGGCUUGCCAAGCGCCCACUGCGGCCGCCUCUCCACGGAAGCAUCGCAAGGUGGAGCGGACCUUCCCCGCCAGGCCUGCCCCCAGCCAGGGGGCCAGCCAUGCCCCUGCCCCGGAGACGGGACAGGAGGGGCUGAACGGGGCUGCCCCCAGCACCACGGACAACGCUGCCCCCGACCCCCAGGAGCCCCGGAGCACUUCCCCAGGAGAACCGCCAAGUGGCGCUGGAGGUGGGGCUGUGCCCACCCGCAGCCCCUCCUCAGAGGCCGCUGUCACACCCGGCCAAGAUUGCAGCCCCUCCGGGGGCACGGUGGGCCGUGGCGUGGGGGCCUGAGCCCCGCCGGAACGGCCGCGUCUGAGGCUGCGUGGCGUGGCGUCCUGUUGCAGAGGGAACGCCCCUCGGUGCUUUUUCCUUGUGUUCCGAAGAUGCAUAGGCACAAUGACCCUGAGCCUGCCCACCCCCGUCGGUGGGGCCCCCUGUUGCUACCAAAGCCUGAGGCGGGGGUGAAGGGGGUGGCCCCUUUCGCCCCACUUACUGGGAUCCCGCUUUUAUGCACUUGGGGUUCGCUUCAGAACUGCACUGAACUCUCCAGCCCAUUACCUGCCCGAGGCCUUGUAGCUGGCGCAGCUUCCCCUCCCGCCUCACCCUCCGGGGUCCUCUGCACUAUGACUUGAGCAACUUGGGAGGGGUUUCAUGCUUGGGGCUGGGGUGGUUCAUUCAGCUGGGGGACCGUUCCUUGCCACGCUGCCCCACAGACCCCCCUCCGACGCACUGUGUGCCGCUCCCGUUUGCGUGACACGCGUUACCUGCACUGCCAUGUCCCGUCAUCAGGCGGACCACCUGACCACUCCUCCGUGCCGGCUUCGGCUCGCACCGACGGGGCUCUUCCUGCACAGAUCUGCUUCCUCUCCCCCGUCAACACUCCUGCCUUUACUGUUGCUGCUGUGAACCAAAAGGGGAGGGGGAUUGAGAGGAGAACAAGGGCUUCCCCCACUCCGGAGAAGGGCUGUGGUUUUCUCUCUCCACCUUUUUCUCGGGGACAAAGGGAACAGAGUAUUUUUAUAAAUAAAAACCUAUUUGAUCUUAA